CCACGUCAUUGAUACAUUUCUCUCUCAUUCACCAACAUCCCAGCUCAAAGUCCAUCUUCAGCCAAGUUAGACCAUGGAGCAGCCAAAGACAUUCAAAGACCUCGGGGUUAUCGAUCCACUAUGCGAAGCCUGUGAUACUCUCGGCUACGACGCCCCAACACCUAUCCAGGAGCAAGCUAUCUCUGCAGCCUUGCAUGGAAGAGAUUUGCUCUGCAUGGCAGAACCCGACAGCGGCACGACUGUGGCGUUUGUGCUGCCGAUUUUGCAAGCACUGAUGAUCAGCCCGCAGCCUCUCCAUUCUCUCAUCCUCGUUCCUACUUCCGAGCUUGUAUUGGAGGUCUCGCAGGUUGUUGAGAACUUGGGCACUGCUAUACUGGUCCGGUGUACCGUGCUGAUAGAGGGGAGUGAUAUGGCUAUGCAGCAGACGGCGCUGAGACAAGACCCCCAUAUCAUAGUUUCCACCCCGCAGUGCAUGCUUCAGCACCUUGAGCAUACAAGCGGGUUUUCCUUGCGCAUUUUAAAGUACCUGGUUCUUUAUGGGGCAGAUCAACUGGUGGACCUUGAUUCCGGGCCGAUAUUAGACAGGAUUCUGGCCAUGUUACCACCGAAGGCAACGUACCUCUUUGCCGCGACGAUAUCUGAUAAAGUCGACUCUCUACAGAGGAGUGUCCUGUCGAAUCCAAUCCGAGCCUCGGUGUCCACAGAACAGACAGCGUCGCAGUCAUACAUCUUCACCCCGGCGAACCAAAAGGAUUUCUACCUCGUCUAUCUACUUCAGCAACGACCAGGACAAACAGGGUUACUAUAUACACAGAAGAGAGCCACCGCGCAAAAAGUCAUGCGUAUGCUGCAGUACAUCGGAUUCCACGCAAUAUCCAUCCACGGACAACUGUCCGACGGCGCACGACUGGCCGCCCUGAAUGGGUUUUGGGCUGGGUCUUGGAAUCUCCUUGUCCUUACUGGUGCUGCUGGGCAAGGUCUUCGGAUUCCGUCUGUGGACUUUGUGGUUCAUUAUGACUUGCCGGAUGGUGCUGGGGAUUAUAACCGUCGAGUUGGACGGGCCAGUGUGGGUGGGGGUGGGACGGUCAUCUCCUUUGUCACGCAGUAUGAAGUCGAAGCCUGGCUGCGCAUAGAAAAUGGUAUAGGUACGCGGGUGGAUGAGCUGGAGAUUAACAGAGACGAGGUCAUGUUGUUUGAUGAGCAAGUGAUGAUGGCGCAGAGCGUUGCAGAGAGGGCUCUCAGUCCCUAA